AUGAUUUCCCGAUUUUUGCAAGGGGCUCUUUUGACCCUCUCUAUCUCGGCAGUUAGCACCUCAGCUGCGCGAGUUCGCCUACAGUCUCGUGCAAACGCCAAUGCUGACCAAAUCCGCGGAGUCAACCUCGGCGGCUGGUUUGUACUCGAGCCCUGGAUUACGCCUUCGCUGUUCGAUGGAGCCGGGGAUGGAGCUGUUGAUGAGUACACUUUGACGCAGAUUCUCGGCCCGGACGAAGCUACAAACAGACUGUCCGCGCAUUGGAGUUCUUUCAUUACCGAGGAUGACUUCUCUCGCAUUGCCCAGGCAGGAUUGACUCACGUCAGAAUCCCUGUCGGCUAUUGGGCAGCGGCGCCCAUUGACGGCGAACCCUAUGUUGAUGGUCAGCUGGAAUACUUAGAUCAAGCUGUUUCCUGGGCGAAAGCCAAUAACCUCAAGGUCAUUGUUGAUCUGCACGGUGCGCCGGGCUCACAGAAUGGCUUCGAUAACAGUGGGCGUAGAGGACCUAUUGAAUGGCAACAGGGAGAUACAGUUGAGCAAACGAUCCGUGCUUUUGAUGCCUUAGCUCAACGUUAUCUGACCGACGGUGACGAUGUAAGUAUCGAGGCCCUCAAUGAGCCUCAUAUCCCUGGCGGGAUCAACGAGAACCAGCUUAAAGAUUACUACGGCGAGACUCUCUCGAUUGUGCAAGAGAAAAACCCCGGUGCGACUUUGGUCUUGCACGAUGGGUUUAAGGCACCAGAAACAUGGAACGGUUUCCUGUCUGGAGAUAAUGUUAUCAUAGACACACACCAUUACGAAGUUUUCGAAGGAAACCAAAAUUCCUGGAGCAUUGACCAGCAUGUCAAUGCUGCUUGUGAACUCGGCCGCCAACAUCUCCAAGCUGUCGACAAGCCGGUCGUUGUUGGUGAAUGGUCCGGUGCCUUGACAGAUUGCACAAAAUAUCUAAACGGGAGGGGCAUUGGCUCUCGCUAUGAGGGUUCGCUAGCCUCAGGCGGAGCAGUUGGCCCUUGCGGAAAAAGAAGUGGGGGUAGCGUGGCCGAUUUGCCUCAAGAGGACAUAGUGAACACGCGCCGCUUCAUUGAGGCCCAGCUCGAUACAUAUGAGUUGAGGAAUGGUUGGCUGUUCUGGACCUGGAAAACCGAAGGAGCCCCCGGCUGGGACCUGCAAGACCUGAUCGACAACGAGGUCUUCCCCCAACCCUUGACAGACAGACAAUACCAAAACCAGUGUGGAACUGCAUAG